AUGAGCACAGAAAUUUCUUUUUCGUCAUAUGAAACAUUAGUAAAAGCACUAAAAAGCAACACACUCUCAAGUAACGAGAAAAUAAAAAUCGCCAAGAGUAUUUGGAAAGGGAAACAAGAAUGCGAAAUCGACGUGUUUCCUCAUAAAGAAGUCUUUUUAGCAGAAUGGGUUAGUUCGAGUUUAGUAAAGUCUGUGGGAGGGAAGACUGGCGGUGAGCAACAGCAACAACCAGGAUUUGGAGAAACACGAUUAAUUUCACCAGCAUAUUUAAAUAAAGAGUAUUGGAUCUUGAUGCAAGAUAUUCUCGAAUUCAUCACGAGAAAAUGGCAAACUGUAGUAAUUCGUGAAAUUGAUUAUAUUGACUCUUAUGAAUCAUCAUGCACAAUGUUAAAAAAUUGCCUCGAGGACUACGUAAGAUCGUCAUCACCAUCACCAUCAUUCGUAGACUCAGAAAACACUACAAACACAAUCAGAACAAUCCGAAUACUUGCAAGCUCCUUUAAUAAAAUACCAAUAACAAUAGCAUUUUCUGCUGUGGUGAAUUCGAUCGCUUCAUCUUUAGACAAUGCGAAAAGAAUUCUAGAUUCAAAUGAUAUUUCUAUCAUAUCAACUAAGACAACAGCAACAUUGGAUAUUUUUGAACAGUCUUCCAGUCUACUUCGAAUAGUUGUGCAGUGUUUCGGCUAUUUUACAACACCAUUUUCGAUAAAUUCAUUAAAUAUUACUAUGUAUCGGCCAACGUUAGAUCAUUUAACUACACUGGGACUGAAUACAUGCAAUCUUUAUCGAUCGUUAGUUCUCUUUGUAAAUCGUUCCUUUGAUGAUGAGGAGAAUAAUUCUUUGCUGUCGAGUAAAUUCAUUUCUUCGCGGAAAUUGAUUAUAGAAUUUUCGUCGAUCGUAUUGAGGUCUUUAGAAAAAGUUCUGCUAGCUAUCCCGAAUCCAAAAAAGGAAAAAUCUUUUAUACGUGAUGAAGACAAUAAUAAAAAUAAAGAUGACUCCGAAUUCAUACUUGACAAGACUCUUGAACAUAUUGAUCGCAUUAUACGAUUUGGACUCUUUCAACAGGAACAUCUUUUAGAAUAUGUUAGUUGUGAACGUGAUGAAUCAUGGAAAUUGUCUUCAGAAAAUAUGUCAGAUAAGAGUAACGAAACCGAAAAAGCUCCAAUAGCACCCGGUUAUCAGAAACUUCUUUUUGACAGAAUCCAAAAUAUGAUGCGAAAUUCAUCAACUGAUCAUGCCGAAUUAUCGAAUUCCGUCGUUGCAUUAUUGAAUCAAAUGAUCUCAUUACCAAUUUCUGGAAAGGAACAAAUGGCCAUUUUGCAAAUAGCAUUAGAGACACAGAACCAAUUGCUUUCAUUACUUUUACAUUACAAUGUCUAUCGACCAUCCAACGAUGAAAUUUCGCUACGACAAUUUGCGUUCUUACAAAAUUUCAUGGAUCGUCUUAUGAGUUUUGCAAGUUUGUAUUUCAAAGAGGGAAAGAUACAGUCUUCGAUUUUCAAAACAAUAAAUUACGCUAUACAACUUGAUCAUCGAGUUGUCGAUCCACAAAUGGAGAAAUUAUGUGAAUAUUUAUUGUUGCCAUCGCUUGAUGGUGAUAGUGAAUGUAGAUCUUUAAUAAUUACGAUUAUAGAGAUUUAUGCAAAAUCGCGCGAAAUGGAACGAUUCUUACAAUGUAUUUUUAACGGUUUAAAAACCAUAAACGCCGAUGUUGACACACUACUACGAAAGCCUUUAUACUGUAGAGAAUGCUUAAGCCAAUUCUCAAAUAACGCAACGAUGCACGUAUCGAUCGCUCAAGCACACGAAAUUAUAAACGUUUUCAUAAACGAAUUAAUCAGCACAUACUCUUCGGGAUUGAAGGGGGACAAAACGGCGACAGCAUCACACCAGAAAUCGAGUCCCAGGAAACGGAGGAAAAUCAAUGCAGAAAACGAGCAUUUAUCGUCAAUCAAUGACAAUAAUAAUACUGCAGAUCCACAAAUAUUUUCUCCUGAACCGUUAAUCAUGUUAUUUAUUCAAUUUUUGAAAGCUCUUAAAUCUGCCACCGCUCCUCAAUUUAACGAACGAUUAAAAGAACCUCUUCAGAAAUUAUUUAAUGGAUUUAUUUCGUCUGUAUUGUUAUCACCAUCAUUAUCUCGGAGUUUCGGCACAAUUCAUGAAACAUUUCUUGAUCGAAUAGUCGCGCCCACUUUGUUUUUACAUUGUUCGCUGGUGGAUUUAUUUUCGGUUGCUUAUUUGGAAAUAUAUUCUGCUAUGAAUUUUGUUGAUGGAUUACUCGAAACUUUGUCAAACGUUAAAAUACCCAAAGUGAAGCUUAUCAUGAAUAAAAGUAUUCUUCAACAUAUUUAUCUCACCAGUAGCAAUAAGUUGUCAGGACAAAAUCUUCAACGGAUCAUGAACGAAGAAAAUAAUAGCAGUAACAAAAUUUCAUCUCGAGCCUUUAUCACGACUGUUCUCGACACUUUAUUAAAUAAUUCAGAAGAUACCGCUAACUUACAUUUUUCAUGGACCGGACGACUUAUUGACCUUACCAAGGAUAAUUUUAUGAUUGCGAAUUCCAAACUUGUAAUUAAUGAUUGGUUAGAUGUUAAUUCACAGGGUUCAAUCAAUCCUCAGGAAGUGAAUUUACAUAGUAUAUGUGUAGAAUUAUCUCGAUCAGCACAAUUUUUCGAGAUAUCAUGCAUAAGAGAUGUAUUCAUAAAAACCUUCUUUGAAGAAUUAUUUGGUUUCAUCAAACAACAAAUAAAAGACAAAAAGCAACCAAGCAUCACCGAUUUACUCGACUCUCUUUCACGAACAAUGACACACCAGGUUAUUGUCAUAUCACCAAAAUUUUGGAAAUCGUCGUUGCCAUUCUUUAAAUCAGACUUAACAAUACCACUAGCUGAAUCUUCGUUAUUUCCAAUUACCAAAGUCUCGGCGUACUUUCACACUUUGCUCAUAUUUCCAAUCGAAUACUUUGAGAAAAGAGAAAAAGACGCGAUAUUGGCAGUGGUAUUCAUCGUCGAAAAAUUAGGGUUAUCCUUAUUUCGAGUUAGGAAUUUAGCCGAUGUGAAAGAUUUAUUGGAAUUUAGUUUGGUUUGUCGGAGUUUGACGAGUAGAAUUGUUAAAAUUGAGAAUAGAGAAAGUGUUCUUCGGCAUCAUGGAGAAUUUAUUGAGUGGUGGAUGACUUCGAUCACUUCCUACAGUCGACAAAUAAAUGAAGCACGACAGAAUUCGGAUGAAUUCGAUGAUGGAAAUAUCGUAACCUCACUUUACUCGAAUUUAGUUCAAAUAACCGGAGAAGUAUUGUACACUACCAUCUAUCAAGUUCUAAACCGAUCACGCGAUAAAGAUUGUCCAUUCAAUAAUGAAUAUUGGAAUGGUGUAAUCAGUACAUUCAAGACACUUUCGAAAAUUUCUUUGUCACCAAUUGACCAGUUUUCAAGCUGGAUAAAUUCUGUAAAUGAAAAAGAAUUGGAAAAUAAUAUCGAUUUGAGAUUUCUUGGAGAUUUUUUGAAAGCUUGUAUGGAUUAUUUUGAAAAGAGUAGUAAUAAUAGCAGAUUAACUCGAAUGCACGAUCACGAACAGAAAAUUUGGGAUUCAUUUGCCGGAUUGUGUGUCUCAGUAGAACAAGAUUUGUUAAGGAUUCUCGAACUUUGGGUUAAUAGUACAACAAACAAUUUGAAAAACGAUGAUAGGUAUCAUCGCAUUUCGAGUGCACUUGCGAUAAAAAACAACAAUAACAGUGAUUCAUCGGCAUGUGACAUACUCAGAAUAUUGCCGCGAUUCUUGGUUUUACCCGUUCCCUUACUCCGAAUUGCUAUUGAGCCUAUUCAUAAUAAUAUAUCAUCAGAAAAAGAUAGUUUGUUAUUGGCCUACUCCUCAUUUAAUUCAGAGUUAGUAGAAAUUGCUACGACACUCCUUUCAUUGACUUUGGAUUUUGAUCUUCCCGUUAGUGAUGUUUCUAUUCCCAAAAUUAUGGCUUUGUUUUGGGUGAUGCUGAAGAUUGUUCAUGAUAGAGUUCCUAUUGCGGAACACCUAAAACUCAUAUUCGGCAAUUUCAUUCAGAAAUUGUCUAAUGAACAAUAUGAAGCCAUUGUCUUGUGUUUAUGGCAAAAACAUGAUCAAUUGCCGUAUUCACUUAACGACAGUAUAGAACAAGAGAUUACCGUGUUUCUCGUCAUCGUCGAUUUGAUAUUUAGGGAAUCGAAACAAGAUCAAAAGAAACAAUUACGAAAAUAUUUCACGCAAAUGUUGAGUGGACUGUGCAGUAUUGGGCAGACUACUAAAUCGUUGAAUAAUCGAAUACGAUUGCUUAAUGUAUUAGCUUCGAUUGCUACCAAUAAGGAUUUUCAUCUAAAGGGAAAUGACGUCUCGUUAGUGUUAUCCACAUCAAUUACAAUAAUAUCCUCGUCAUUAUCAUCAUCAGCGAAUUCAAAAAAUAUAGGGACAACAAAAGAAACAACUAUAAAAGAAAUGUUUGAUGCGACAUGUUGUCUGAUGCACAAUCUAAUUAGACACAAUCGUGAACAACUAGCCAGUUCUUUUCCUUCUGCUUCCUCGCAAAAAGCGUUUGCGAAAUAUGUACCGUUUGCGAUUGUCGAGUAUCUCGGAGCACAAGUCGAUGGCCGAUUCUCGCCGCAGAUACGAGACGCGCUAAAAAGUGGCGUGUACGCGUUACUCGAUAUGUGUGGCGAACGUGAACGUGAUUUGAUUAUGGUUGCGUGUGGUAAGGUCGGCAAAGAACUUUUUAAAAGUUUGUGGAACGAGUACCAGAGUGAGUGGAAGUAUACUGGGCGUGGGUGA